AUGCCCACACCCACCAUCAUGCAGAGUGUCGUCCUCGCCCUCACCAGCUUCAAGUCGCCCGUCCUGCGCGCCGUCGUGCCCUGCGGCGUCGCCGCCGUCGCCCUGCAGGCCCUCGUCGCCGCGCCCUCCGUCGCCGCCCGCAACGAGAGCUUCUUCGACCUCUCCGGCUCCCUCACCUUCCUGGCCGUCGGCGCCCUCAGCCUGUACCUACCCGCGCUGCGCGCCCGCGCGCUCGCCGCCGCCCACGGCGCCGCCCUCCCCCGGCUGCCCAGCAUCGUGCAGCUCGCCGCCUCGGCCUGGGGCAGGGGCGGCGAGCAAGCGGUGGCGGGAGGAGGGCGGAACUGGCGGCAGCUGGUCCUCGUCGGCCUGACCGUGGUGUGGGCGACGCGAUUGGGAUCGUAUCUGUUCUCGCGCGUGCUCGGGCAGGGGCACGACUCGCGCUUCGACGAGAUCCGGGAUAGGCCGGCGCGCUUCGCGGGCGUCUUCCUCAUCCAGGCCGUCUGGGUGACCGUGCAGAUGCUGCCCGUCGUCGCGCUGGCCGGCGUCCCCGCCGCCUCCGUCGGCGCCGCCCUGCCCCGGCUGGCCGCCACCGACGUCCUCGGCCUGUCGCUCUGGGCCGUCGGCUUCGUCUUCGAGUCCGUCGCCGACUACCAGAAGAGCCAGUGGUCGCGCCGGAAGAGGCUCAAGCUGCAUGACGAGGACUUCUUGACCAGCGGGCUGUUUGGCGUCAGCCGCUUCCCACACUACUUUGGCGAGAUCUCCAUGUGGGCGGGCAUCGCGACCACGGCGGCCGGCGUGCUCGCGCGCGGCCCGGUGCGGCGCGCUCUCGGAUGGGGGGCCGGCCCGGCGGGCGUGGUGGCCAUGACGGCGCUGUGCGGGCUUAGCCCGCUGUUUAGCUGGUUCGUGACGACGCGAGUGUCGGGUAUACCGAUGAGCGAGAAGAAGUACGACGAGCGCUUCGGUCACCGCGAGGACUAUCAGAAGUGGCGCCGCGAGACACCCCAGCUGAUCCCGAAGCUGUGGUGA